UGAGCUUCCUGCUGCGCAGUUGUCCCUGACAACACGGAGAGGAGCUCGCGCGAGGGCGUUAGCCGGUUAGCGCUAGCAUAACUCGAAGCCCCCUGUGUCAUGGGCCUGCACGAAAGCAGGUGUAGCAGUAGACAGUGAGUGAGCAGACACUUCAGGGCAGGUUGGUGAGGACUUCGCCGCCAUCAUGGAGGAGCCACAGGAUGUGUCAGAGCUGCCGGCGAAAAAAGCUCGGCAUGAGGAGGAUAACCCAAGGAAUGAGGUUGCUAGUGACAGCAGUAGCUGCCCUGACAGGGAUGAUCCAGCUAUUUUAGGCUGUUCAUCUGUCACUCAGCUAGAUUCAGUGUCUAGAAUUCAAGAACAGUCUAAUCCAGAAAUAUCAAGAACUAAGUCCUGUGAUACAGACAGCCCUUAUAGUGACAAAGUUGAAACAGGCAAAGACCUCACAGCUACAGCCCCUGAAUAUACCUCACAGAUCUACCAAGGAAGCAACCCUGCAGUGACUGCUUAUGACAGCCAGAUGGCGUUCCCUUCACUGGGACAGUCAGCGGUGUACAGCACCUUCAGUCAAUCUGGCCAGACAUACGGCCUGCCCCCAUUCGGUUCCAUGUGGCCAGGCAUUAAAAACGAGGCAGGGCUUCUACACGAGGUGCCCCCUGCUGGCCAGACGGGGUUUCUCAGCUUCAGCUCAGCCUAUACUUCAGCCCCACAGGGUCAAGCCCACUACUCCUACCCCAGCCAAGGGUCCUGCUUCACUACAUCCAGUGUGUACACCAAUAUCCCCUCAGCUACUGCGGUCACAACAGCUCCAGCAACUGUUACACACCAGGACUUUACCAGCUAUAAUUCUUUGGGACAUAAUCAGUUCCCUCAGUACUAUGCCCCCCCUGCCAAUUACCUGCCAGCUGCUCCGCCCAGCAGUGAAGGGGAUGGAGCAGGUGUGGUGGUGCAGAAUUACACACCCAUCAAGACUGAGGACAGUGUCACUGCAGGCCUGCCUAGUACCACAGUCACAUCUCCUAGUGUUACCCUCCCAGCUGGUGCAGCUCUGCCAGUUGGAGCUCCAUUCUCCACAGCUCCCCGUGACCAGGACGAAUCUGCCCGCAGAAACCCACCCAGUAAAGCUAAAGGCAAAGGCAAGAAACCAGACAGCUCCCAGUCUACAGAAAAUGACUUGGAGCGAAUCUUCCUGUGGGAUCUGGAUGAAACCAUCAUCAUUUUCCACUCUCUGCUCACAGGGUCAUUUGCACAGAAGUUUGGCAAGGAUCCAGCAACAGUCCUUAAUCUGGGUCUGCAGAUGGAGGAGCUGAUAUUUGAGCUAGCAGACACGCAUCUGUUUUUCAAUGAUCUGGAGGAGUGUGAUCAGGUCCAUGUUGAGGAUGUAGCCUCUGACGACAAUGGACAGGAUCUAAGUAAUUAUAACUUUGCAAGUGAUGGCUUUAAUGGAGCUGCUGGGGCAGGAGGCCCAGGCUCCACCACAGGAGUGCAGGGGGGAGUGGAGUGGAUGCGGAAGUUAGCCUUCAGGUACCGCCGCCUCAAAGAGAUCUACAAUGGAUACAAAGGGAAUGUUGGAGCUCUGCUGAGUCCCCUGAAGAGGGAGCUGCUGCUUCGAGUUCGCUCUGAGAUUGAGACGGCCACUGACAGCUGGCUGAGCACUGCCAUCAAAUCUCUGCUGCUUAUUCAGUCCAGGGGAAGAUGCAUGAAUGUUUUAGUCACCACCACUCAACUGGUUCCUGCUCUGGCUAAAGUUCUUCUCUAUGGCCUGGGGGACGUGUUCCCUGUCGACAACAUCUACAGUGCCACUAAAAUAGGAAAAGAGAGUUGUUUUGAGCGCAUUGUGUCUCGCUUUGGAAAAAAGGUGACCUAUGUGGUUAUAGGAGAUGGCAGAGAGGAGGAGUUUGCAGCUAAGCAGCACAACAUGCCCUUCUGGCGGAUCUCUGCUCACGGGGACCUGGUGUCGCUGCACCAAGCUCUGGAGCUGGACUUCUUAUAGAGUCAGAUUGGCUGGAGGUAAGACCUGGGCUGUCUGACAGAGAUAAACCACCACACGUGUUGGAGGAAGGUCUUGGGUCGCACACCGUCUCCAAAUACACACCCACCCAUCACCUUACGGACAUCUGCUAGGAGCUGACUAAGGCUGAGAAAGUUUGGAAUGUCGGUGCGUUAAAAACUGGAGAACACUCAACUGAGCUGAAAGAAGGCUCUUUUUACCCCUCUCAGCCUCAGCUCUCCACAAACUCUAAGGCAGCUAAGUUACCCUGGGGCUGAGCCUGGCACUGCUACACACCUCCAGAGACCUUGAUCCGUACAAAAAAAAUAAAUAAAUAGUGACCCACGUACUGCCGGCCCACUGCAAAAGGGCUGCUAGCAUUUACCAUCUCCAUUGCAACUGGAUUCACCAAAGGAAAGACCAAAGGUCUGCACUGGCAUGAAAGCGUUUGGAUUAUUUUCUUUUUUAUUAUUAUUAGAUUGUGUUCUUGGUCAUGCUUACAUUUGCUUUAAAGGUCGUCUGGACUCUGAUUUCUUGGUUUUGCACUCAUUCCAAAGCAUGUAGAGGACUGGAUCUGUUUAAAAAGCCUGGCUAUGUAUGUUGGUAGAACAUCUGUGGAUUUUUUUUUUUUCAUUUUAGCGACGGCAAAUUGAUUUGUUGUGUUUGUUUGUUUUUGCGCCUGUGCUCCAAUGGUACACACAGGGUUUACUUAACAUAGACCUCAUUUUAUUGCCGGUGUCUUUCGAAUGUUUCUCACUUGCCACACAUCUUUACACAUGAAUCCUCAGUAUCAGCGAUUCAGUUAAUAGUUUGGCUGUUUAGUGAAGUUCAAAUUGCAUUACAUAGCAGGACCCAGUGUUAGUAUUGGUUACAAAUAAAUGGUGUUCAUAUUCAAGUCAGUCUCACAUCCUGAGAGUCAGAAAAGCCCAUUUGGAAUUUCCGAUGUCCAUGCUCAUAGUCCGAAGUGUCCUUCUGAGGGAAAUGAAACUGCCCUCUUACUAAGCAUUUAUCCUUGGGUAAACCAGAAGCUGAGUUUAAAGAGUACAAAGCAUCUGAUGAGACGGCGUGUGACGCAACUUGUGUUUCUGAGGGCAGUCACACUGACCAUGUGAUAAAACUGGUGAGUACUGUAGAAACCUUCUGAACCACAUCAGUUAACCAACAACCGUGGGUCACUUCUUAGUCACGGACUUAGUUGCACAUCUGUUUUUUUUACAAAGCUUUACACGUGUUUCAAUCAUUUCGAGCAGCAAGAAAUUGACAGAACUGAUUAAAGUGCGGCUCGCCUGUUAAAUAGUUUCGCUCCGGCUCAUAACUAGCUCAUUAAUGACACACAUAUUGUGGGAGAAGGACGUUGUCUGUGCAAUACGUUUUGUUUUUUGGUCAGUGAUAAAUAAAUGUUCAAUCUGUCCACUAAGGCUCUGUCCACAUGUAUCUGAGUAUUAAAAAAAAGAGAGAGAUUUCUGUCCCUCAUUUUUAAAAAUAUUUCCAUGCACACAGAAAAUGAUACCAUUUGCAUGUGCAUGCUUCUCUGGAUUAGUUUGAUAGAACCUCGUAAAAAGAGACAAAAGCCAAAAAACACAGAGGCUUCAUCCCAAAUUAUGUAAUGCACUGUGCAAGUUACAAAAUUACAGAUUCUAAAUUUACAUAAACCUAAACUAACCAUUCUAUUUUUAGUGGAACAGUAUUUACACGUUCCACUUCAUAUUUAGAUGUGGACAUUGUAGUUUUAUGCUACAUGUAGUUCAUGAUUUAAGGAGUUACGUAUUUGAGAUUCAGCCAGAAGUUUUUUUUAUUCUGUUCACAAGACCUCCACCUUUUAGUAACCAAAAAAACAACAUUGUUGAGAGGAUGAGAGGCCAAAACACAGACAAAAAUCUCGGUUUUACUAAAAAAUAUCCAAAUACAUGUGGACGAGCAGUGAGCGUGUGUUAAAAGCAGCGACACGAGGAGGAGGAAGGGGGUUGAUGCUGUGAGGUUUUGACUGAACAAUUCUGAGCCUAAAGUAAAAGAGCAUUUUUGUUUUACACAAGCAGCUUUGACAAUUACGAAUGUGUAGUCUGCAAAUUUGUGUGUGUGUGUAUUUUUGUUUCAUAUUUUUGUUUCAUAAUUUUUCCUCUCUGUACUUAUUUAUAUUGUGCCUUUUACCUAUAAACUCUAUAUAAAUGUAUCAUUGUAAAGGGAUUUAUGGAAGUAUGGCGAGUCAUGCUAAUAUGUUUAAGGUUUUUGUGUGCACGAGUGUGAGAGUGUUCCUCUUUUAGUUUUUAUUACGUGCUUUUUUUUUUUUUUUUUUUAUAAACAUUUUCAGAUUUUUUUUUUUUUAUUUCAUUCUGAAGCUCAAACUAAUGUACAUAAGUUGCUCUUCUCAUUUCUUAUUUCCCGUCCUGUCAUCCAAAUGCUGUUUCUUAGCGUCAUGCAUGCAGUUCAAAUGCAGCUGAGCCCUUUCAUGAGUACAGUAAAGUGAUCUCAAGCUCUGUUGCCUCUGGAUCACUUUGAGACUUAAACGCAUGGACAAUCAACAAAGCUGUGCGACUAAUCCAUCAUUGCUCUGUGAUGAGAUUGUACACUUAUUUCUACAGGUUUUGGGUUGGACCUUUAACUCGUAAGCACAUCCACCCCGAAAGCGUGGUCCGCAAUGGUGUAACAGUGUUGUUCAUGUGUGUCUGUUUUACUCGAGGAGGCUUCUUCGUUCAUGCUGAAAGCUUUAGUCGACCUGGUCCAGAUGUUUUCUUUCCGUCCUCGUGGCAUAUCGUAUAUGUGAUGUUGGUCUUUUGUAUUUGUGAUUUUUCUCGUUUUGCCUGUGUUUUUGAGGAAAGCGCAUCGCGGUUUGCUGUGUUGUUCUCAGAUCAAGUUUAAGUCAUGUGUUUAAUUUGUGCUGAAGAAGAUUCUAAUGCAAAACUAGGCUUGAAAGCACCAUGAAGCGUCAGAGCUGGACCUUAGAGUUUGUCCCUCUGAUUCGGAACCUGUGCUCUAAAGAAUUAAGCAGCUAUGACAAAUCAUUAACCCCUAUUCAUCCAGUGUGACUGUGUGUGUGUGUGUGUGUUUGUGUGUGAGUUUUGUGUGCGUUUAAUAUGUGCUAUGAUUUCUUCAGUUUAAGUGACUGUUGUUGUGGAAGUUGUGAAUGACCUUUAUUUUAUCCCCGAAUACGAAAAGUUAUGAGGACUCUCAAGCUGAUGUAACUGGCUCAACUUGACUAUGUUAAGUAGAAAAUUUAAGUAGGAAGUUUAUUCAAUAUUGUACUCAAGUGAGAUGCAAUUUUCACUUUUUUUCUUUUGUAUGGGACCGGAAUACUGUUUGGCCCAGAGACUUUUUUCCUGUGUACUAUAAGAAUGUUUGUGGCAACAUAAAUAAAACCUUUUAAAGAUAAAAAA